UCACUGCGGCCUUAGCUUGGCUUGCUGACGAGGGGAGAGAUCUAUCCUUUAUAAAGCCCCGACGCCUCGCGCUCGAGGGCUUGGUUUUCGGCUUUGGAUUUGCAGCGUCUUCGAUCUCCGAGCUCGAAUUUUGAAUCGCGCCAUCGCUGACGCUCGCAUUCGAGUUCCCGGAGAUUCGGAGAAGAAAAAUAUUCUCGCGUAGUGCGUUCGAGAGGACGUGGGUUCACGAGACCGAUUGGUUUGGUAGGUAGAAUUUGGGGAAAUUCGAGUUUUGGGGCAAGGUGAGGUUCGCGGUUGGAGUUUUUUAGCUUGGAAUUAAUUACCUUCCGGCCAUCGUCACGUUUCUGCACUGCUUGAGAAGAGGCGCAGCGCAGUCUCGGAGUUCUUUGAGCAUGGCCAACAAUGAACUCCUCAGAAUGUGGUUUGACUCCGUCGACGUGGAUCGGUCCGGGUCGAUUAACUGCGAAGAAUUGCAGAGGGCUCUGGCUGUAGGAAAUCUUCACUUUCCUUCGUCUGUGGUGAAUCAAAUGAUCAAGCUUUAUGAUACCGACCUGAAUGGAACUAUGAGUUUUAAUGAGUUUAUUAGUCUCCACCAAUUUCUUACAGUGGUACAGGAUUCGUUCCAAGCAAAUUUGAGAAAUCGAGAGCAAUUGAGUCUCAACGAGGUGUAUAAUGCCUUGACGCAGGCAGGAUUUUCAUUGGAUCAACCUGCUUUCUACUGUGCUUGUCAGAGUUUUGAUAAGGAGCGACGUGGUCAUUUCAGACUAGAUAACUACAUGUCUUUGUGUAUUUUUCUCAAAUCUGCGCGAAAUCUUUUCACGUCAUUUGAUACCUCACGUGCAGGGGCCGUGACCUUGGAUUUUAAUCAGUUCGUCUACUGUGCUGCCAACAUGAGAAUAUGAUAAGUGAUAGUCCCAACUAAAUCUUCACAUAUGUCACUCCCAAGAAGACACAUUUUCUUCCUGCUCAAAAAGGCGUUUGUUUCUAUGAGUGUAGAUGUUCGUCAUUGUAUAUUUUGUCGAGUUGUAUGCAUCGAAAGCAGCAGCAUCAGCGAAUAGCGACUGAUGUUUGUAUCAUUCUUUCUUGUGUAGUAUAGCAACGGUGUCAUAGCACACACCCCAUUUGUAUGAAAGCAGCAGUUCGCUUUUUAAUUUGACUCGCACACGCCUUGUACUUAGGUGCGAAGGCCGUGAUUUUGUAAGAGGUGGGGCCCUGGCUUAGUACUGGUUUCUUAGGGGUUGAAAGCCUGGAAGAUCCCAAUGAUCAUUCAUCAGGAUGAUGAUAUAUACGAAAUGGUGGAGGUUUUUUUUUUGUACACAAGUUACAUAGUAGAAAUGAGGCAUGUUUUACUUCUUGUGUGUUGCAAGCAAGGUCGUGAUGAGCCUUUUUUCUAAUAAAAGUAAAUCUGCAAAUAACGGUGGAUUGUCUGAGGGUUUUGAUGGACUGUUUUUUGAAAUCAGCAUGGGGAAAGACUGCAUCUUCAAGUUUUUAAUGAAGUUGUAGUCUUUCUUCACCAAUCAAGAGUUGACCCUUCCGGAAGCCUUUCACUUGAUAAGUUUAUGCCGUAACGUUUAAUCCAAGUUCUUGAAGGUUUAACUACAGAAGUAGUCAAAGAGGAAAUUCAGUCGCUACAUGGAACCUUUUUGGAGAACAAUCCAAUCACUGUGAUAUUCAGUCAAUUUUUUUAAAGGUCACCUUCGCCCGGGAGGGGACUCUUGAUAUAUGUCUGAAGAGAGAAGCGGACCAAUUGAUAUUAUGCUCGAACCGUAACUUGUGACUCUUACAUUUUAUGACUGAGAACUGUGUUGAAAUCUUCAGAGAUCCGCUCAUGUUUGACAUGUUCCUUACCACCUAGGCUGUAGCUUACUGGUACCGGGCAGUCUGGAUGGGCAGUAUGCAUGUAUCUUUGCACUCUUGUUAUUCUGAUACAGUAUUAACCUGUCC